AUGUCAUCAUCAACCACGCGUCACAAAUUCAUCCCAUCGGCUACCGCUAAUCCAAAGGUAAAAAAACGUGGAAGUUUACAUUCAACAACCGAUUCAUCGAAAACAAAAAAGAAUUCACAUGGCGGUAACGUUAAGAAUGUUAAUGCAACACGAGAAGCAUUAAAUCAGGAAGGAUCUGAUCAGCAGGUCGUCUAUUUAUCGGACACGAGUGGAUACAUUCCAUUAAACUCUUUGAGAAAUGGCCCAGCUCCGGUGAUAGCACCGCAACUUUAUGGCGGCGCAGAUUUAGAAGCUUGGAGACCUGAACUGUGGGAUCGUGAAUAUAACCGAAGAUAUCGUUUCAACAACACAAGAGUUCAGCAUAUUGAAGCUGAAUGUCAAGAUGAUUACAUGAAGAUUAGAAUUGGAUUUAAUGGAUCGUUUACUGGUCUUUUAUAUUCUGCAGGCUAUGCUUACGAUCCUGACUGUAUGUACAUAAAUGGAUCAGGACGUGACUACUACGAGUUUUAUAUUCAAUUAAAUCGAUGUGGAACGUUAGGAAAAAACAGCUUGCACGAUGAUUCACAUAAAAACCCAACUGCAAGUUUUAAUAAAACUUCAAACAACAAUUUUUUAAUUAAUGUUAAACUUUUAUGUUCAGAAAAACUUUAUGUGGAACACGUGACAUGUGAGUACGGCUACGACUUUUGGAAGACUGUCACGUUUCCAUUCUUAGAUGUUGAAGUGGCAACGGGCAACCCUGUUGUGUUCACUCUCAGUCCACCAGAAUGUUAUAUGGAAAUUAGAAAUGGUUAUGGAACAGCAGGGACAAGAGUCGCAGGACCUGUAAGAGUUGGUGACCCUUUAACCUUAAUUAUUUACAUGCGCAGCAAAUACGAUGGUUUCGAUAUUGUUGUGAAUGAUUGUUACGCGCACAAUGGAGCGACAAAACGUAUUCAAUUAAUUGACGAGUUUGGAUGUCCCGUUGAUGAUAAGUUGAUUUCACGAUUCAGAGGUUCUUGGUCUGACAGUGGAAUAUUCGAAACACAAGUUUAUGCUUAUAUGAAGACAUUUAGAUUCACUGGUUCACCAGCUUUAUAUAUUGAAUGUGAUGUUAGAAUGUGUCAUGGAAGAUGUCCGAGUCAACCAUGUCAUUGGAGAAAUUUGAAAGGAGUCACUAAGAGAGAGGUCAAAUCCGACCCCGUUAACUCAACGUUAUCUGAUAACAUCAGCUUAUUCCAAUCAAUUCGCGUGCUUCAAGAUGAAGACGAAAGCAGUUUACGACAAGAAUCAAUAACAAAUCAAGAUCCUACAGAAACGUGUUUGAAGACGUCAGUCUUGUCUGCUCUGACAGCUACGUGUACGAUGCUUCUUUGUAUUCUCGUUGGAUCACUUUUCGUGACAUGCACCAAACUCAGACAUCGUAAAAAUGAGAAUCCGUUCUUCGAUUCAGCCUAUGUCGGUCAUAAAGGACAAAUAGAUUAA